UCGUUUCCUGGCGGUCUUGUCUGUCGUGUUGUUGACAAAAAAAACGAACAAAUAUCGUUUUUUACUGGACAAAAUGGGUCAGUCGUUUCCGACCCCGGACUGCGAGCCCUCGGUGUGUCCUUUGUGCCACCGUGUAUGUCGGUCUCCGACCGCGCUGGAAUGCAAACAUAUUUUCUGCUACUGCUGUAUACAGGAGUUAUGGAGUGGUUCGCCCACCGGUCCAUACUACUGCCCCGAGUGCAAGGAGGAGUACAAGACUUUACCGUUUGGGUUUAAGAGAGACACUACCGCAAGUCCGUGGCGAGAUGAAGCGCCUGCACAUACACGCACCACCGCACCAACAGAAGGCAGAGCCAAUGAAGAGGAUGUCAUUGAGAUCAAUCCGGUGGGCUGGACCCUUGGGAAGAGAGCCUCCAUCUCUCUAUCCAAGCGUCUGUUGGGGAAGAGACCAGCCAGUUCUCCUGUCCCAGGAGGCCAUCUUCACGACAACAAGAGACAAGCCACUGGCAGCUCCUCUUCCUCCCACUCCAGGGGACAGUCUGGUGACCGUAAGAGACCCGCCGCUUCCUCUUCCUCCUCUUCAGCCAAUCAGAACACGUCGUCUGACGUCGAGUUGUCCAGUGAGGAGGAGGUGCCAGCAGCACCAUUUUCCUCAGCAACCAAACCGUCGAGUACUGCGUCCGUCGCCGCCAGAGGUCCGGACCUGACACGUGAUAGGUCUAGGUCCCGUAGGAGAGACCCACCCAUUGAGCUGGACGAACCCCCUGCUGCAACAGAACCUUUUACAAGAGAACCCCUGAAUGACCCUAGAAAAUCACCUGAAGCAGCAGCCGGUAACGUGAACGACACAUCGCCAAGAAGAAUCACCACCGUUGAACUGGACCCACCGCCACCCCCUGCAAGAGAUCCGCACACACCCGCCAAGAAUCCUGCUGAAACGCCCCACACAGCCCAUUUACGUUUAGUCACCCCUACGAAGGAGAAGCCUGUUGAAGCUGAGAGGGAGCCUCUUCCAGAGAUCUCCAACAGAUCCCCUGGUCUAAUCGGCACCUCCACCUCUCCUACCCGUGCUGCCAACAAACUGUCCCCUGGACGUACCAACCUGUCCCCCAGCCUGGCUCGCCAAACCUCUAGGGAGACCUUCCUACCCUGCCACUACUGCCCCAGCCGAGGCUCUCUCCCUGCGGUGAAGACCUGCCUGGUGUGUGGAGCCUCCAUGUGCUCCGACCACCUCCGGCCCCACCUGGAGUCCCCCGUCUUCCAGAGCCACACCCUGGUUCCCCCCGUGGAGGACACCUCACCCUGGAGGUGCCAGGAACACCAGGAGAGGAACCAAAUCUACUGCCGUCAGUGUAGCGUGUGUGUGUGUACAGUGUGUACAGUGAUCGGGUCGCACCGGGACCACGCUUGCAUCAGCAUCAGAGAGGCCGAGAGGGAGCUGAGGGGGAACCUGAAAGAGGAGACGGAGAAGAUGCAGGAAACCGAACAGUCUUUAAUCAGCAGAGUGACUGAGAUGACAGAGAAGAAACAGAGAUUCCAGGUGUUGCUAGGUGACGCGCGUGCGGGGGUGCUGCAGCAGUACGAGACCAUGCGUGAGGCCCUGCAGCAGGAGGAGGCCACGGCCCUGCUGUGUGUGACUCGGGAGGAGAGCAGGGCGGUGGGAGGACUGGAGGAACAGCUGGCACAGCUGCAGGAAACCCUCUCCUCCCUCCAACGGGGUCUUCGUACUCUGGAAGGGCUGGCUGACACCCGGGGCGCCGCACGCGUACAGGAACAGUCCUUCAUCAUGGAGUACAGUAAGAUAACCAAAAGUGUGUCUGAGAGCUGUUCUGUGGAGGAGAUGGAGGUUCCAGAGGAGGUGGACAGAGCCAGGCUGGGAUGCCUACAGCAGUGGACUGAGAGGCGGCUGGUCUCAGUGGUCAUCUCCCUGCCUGACCGGGACCCCUUCAGGCUGCUCUAUGGCGCCAGCCCCCGUCUGGACCCGGACACAGCCCACCCCAAGCUGCUCAUCUCUGAGGAGAACAGGAAGGUGUCUUACAGCGAGGUCCAGCAGGCCUACCCGGAGCAUGGGGCUCGCUUUAGCUCCUUCCCCCAGGUCCUGGCCUCUAAACCCCUGGAGGGAGGCCGUGCGUACUGGGAGGUGGAGGUGGAGGAAGACGAGGGCAAAUGGAAGGUGGGAGUCUGCGAGGGUCAGAUCGGUCGUAAGGGUCAGAAAGACACCUGCCGUAUCGGCUUCAACCCCUAUUCUUGGUGCCUGCUGAGUGAGAAGGGGCAGAUAGAAGCCCUGCACGACAAGGUGGCUGUCCCUGUGGAGGUCGAUGGGCUGGAGAGGGUAGGGGUGUUGCUGGAUUUCGAGGAGGGUAGCCUGUCGUUCUAUAAAGUGGCACAAGGGGGCGCUCUGAUCUUGCUCCAUUGUUUUAAACAGAAGUUCAGUGAACCAUUGUAUCCUGCACUAGCCGUGUCUAAAACACAGCUCAACAUCCCUGAUCUGUUCCAGCCAGCCACUGUUAAGUCAGAAUAGUUACACGGACACUUCAGUUCUCUAUAAAUCUUAAAGGGUCAAUCUGUGAUUCAAAUAACAACAAACGGUCAAUCCGUCACUAUUUUGUUUUGUAAACCGCCGAUGAGUGGAGCUAGAGAAUCGAAUAGUUCCAGACAGGCUCGGUAGAAUAGUGCACAGUGAGGAAGUUAAGUUUUCUAUAGAUCAUAAAUAACAUUUUUGCGUAAGCAAUAAAAAAAUAAAGUUUUUAUACAUGUUAAUCAAAUAGAGGAUUGCAAAGAGAAAUCUCAAUGUAGAGAUAAUCUUAAAUAUUAUUAUGUAUCAUUGUUUUAAAAUGUGAUGUAAUGAGAAGCAUCAAUAGACUGAGUGGACAAAACAUUAGGAACACCUGCCCUUUCCAUGACAUAGACUGACCAGGUGAAAGCUAUGAUCCCUUAUUGAUGUCACCUGUUAAAUCCACUUC